AACACUAUAAAUUAUUAUUUUAGAAAUAACAGUUAUCAAAACUGCUAAUAUGAGUCUCGAAGGUCCAGGGAAACCGCGUAACCACUACACCUACUACGAUACCCCAGAUGGACAGGAUAUUGAUAAAAAGAUGCUAGUAUGCGCGCGCUACGGCGCCAUAGCGGGUACAAUCGCGGGCACAUACGACGUGCUCAUGUACUCCCACGCGACAGGCUUCGGGAGGGUGCUCCGCCGGUACGCAAUGCACGUGGCGCCUCUAGCGGCGAUGGGCGCGGUGUUCGCGGCCGUGGCUAAUGGGGUGCAGAGAGUGAGGGGGGAGGAUGAUCAGCUUAACUAUUUUUUGGGAGGCGUCGCAUGCGGUCCGAUCCUGGCGCUGUAUCUCGGCUCCGGCCACGCCGUGGUGGCGGGCGGGCUCGCACUAGGUGCCGCCGGGAUGGUGAAGAAGUUAUCAGUGGACAGCGGCGUGGCACUGCUGCCGGUGCACUCGCCCCAUUUGGGGAGCGUGGACGGCUGGCGGAAGGAUUACUCGCUGGUUCGGGAUCCGAAGGAAGGUCACGUUUGCAGAGAGUGUGUGCCUGAGAACCAAGACGAAAGUGAGAAAGAUUCGAACUUAGCUGGUGCCGAUGACGCUGGGGCUAACAAUACUGACGACAACAAUGAGAAGAAGAAAAAAUGCUAAAUGUUUAGUUUCAUAAUACUGAUAAUACUGCAUUAUUUAAUUAAAGAUUCAUUAUGUUCUUUAUGAA